UAAGUCGCACACCACACCAGUUCGCCUCCAGCGCCACCGUCUCGCGCUGCCUGCGUUGUCGCCGGCCCCGCGCACUAGCUAGUCAUCGAAGGCACUCGACGCCGGAGAGCGCCAGUGAAAUCCUCCUCGUGUGGUCUCCAGCUUCUUCAAAGCUUGGUGGAGAUGGUGGCUUGAAGGAGAUCCCGGAGCUGCGCAUCGCCGGAGCGUACUCUGAGAUGCCGACGGCGCUUUGUUUGGCCACACCGGAGCACUCUUGUUCCUUCUCUUUUUUUCCGGCGACUUGAGUGUAGAGCAGUGAUCACCAUUUUUAUGUCGAUAAACUGUAUAUGUAUAAGUGAGUGAAGUUUUUGUCUGUGAAAUGAAAAUGGCGGUGAUUUCUCCAUUUCUUCACUGCUAGGGUUUUCUUGAGGAAGAAUAGCAAUCUCUGCAGCUCUGCUUCACUCACGCCGGCCUUCUUUCUCUCCAUCUCUUCAGACAAGAAUAUGGUCCCUCCCCAACCCCAACUCCUCCAAACCAUAACGAAUAUCCUGACGUCCUCCAAACCCCCACCACUCCACGCCCUAACCCCAUACAUUCCCCAAAUAACAGAUUCCCUCCUCAUCUCCAUUCUCUCCUCCGAACCCCUUUCUUCCGAACCCACAACUCUCAUUUCCUUUUUCAAAUGGUUGCAGUCCCACACUCCCCCCCUCACCCAAUCCCCCAACCCCCUCCUCGCCCUCCUCCCUUCUCUCCUCUGCCGCAACAACUUCUCCGACGCCAAGUUCCUCCUCGUCUCCUUCAUUGCCUCCGAUCGCCAAAACCAUCUCCACCAAGCCCUCCUCCAUCCGACCCGCAAUCUCCCUAGACCCUCCAAAGUUCUCCUCGACAUUUCCAUUGCUUCCUAUGUUGACUCCGGAAAGCCCCACCUCGCCGCGCAGAUUUUCGGCAUGAUGAAACGACACGGUCUCUGUCCCAGUUUGAUCACCUGCAACACCCUUCUCAAUGCGCUGGUGAGACUCCCUUCUACUUCUGCGAUUUCGAUGUCGAAACGGAUUUUCAAGGAUAUGGUUGGAUUAGGGAUUAGGCCCAGUACGAGUACUUUUAAUAUUUUGAUUAGGGGUUAUUGUAAUGAGAAUAAGUUUGAGGAUGCUCUUGCGUUGUUGACUAGUAUGAGGGAGUUUGGCUGUUUUCCUGAUAAUCUGAGUUACAAUACAAUACUGGAUGCGCUGUGUAAGAAGAGACAGUUAGCAGAGGCGCGAAAGUUGCUGUUGGACAUGAAAAAUCAAGGAGUGAUGCUGAAUAGGAACACAUACAAUAUUUUGGUUUGUGGGUAUUGCAAGUUGGGGUGGUUGAAAGAGGCGGGGAAGAUCAUCGAGUUGAUGAAGCAAAAUAGUUUGUUGCCUGAUGUCUGGACUUAUAACAUGUUGAUUGGUGGGUUCUGCAAGGAAGGUAAGAUCGAAGAGGCUUUUGGGCUUCGAGACGAGAUGGGAAGUUUGAAGUUGUUACCUGAUGUGAUCACUUACAACACGUUGGUUGACGGGUGCUUUAAGUGGAGGAGCAGUACAGAGGCAUUUGGUUUGAUUGCUGAAAUGUUUAAAAAGGGAGUGAAACCAAACGCCAUUACUCAUAAUAUAUUGGCGAAGUGGUUUUCUAAGGAAGGGAAGAUGGAUAAAGCAUGUGAUACUGUAAGGAAGAUGGAAGAAAGUGGACAUUUGUCUGAUUGUGUUACUUACAAUACUUUAAUAAACGGGUAUUGCAAAGCGGGAAAAAUGGCUGAGGCAUUUGGGAUGAUGGAUAUGAUGGGUAGGAAAGGGCUAAAGAUGGACGCUUGUACUCUCAAUAUUGUUCUACAUACACUUUGUGGGGAAAAGAAACUUGAUGAGGCAUAUAAGUUACUUAACAGUGCCAUAAGACGAGGUUAUAUUGUCGACGAGGUAAGUUUCGGAACUUUAAUGAUGGGAUACAUUAAGAAUGAAAAGGUGGACAGAGCGUUGGAGCUUUGGGAUGAGAUGAAAGAGAAACACGUUAUUCCAAGUAUUGUCACCUAUAACGGUAUAAUAGGUGGGUUAUGCCAGUUUGGAAAAACUGAUCAAGCGAAAGAUAAACUGAAUGAACUCUUAGAAUGUGGUCUGGUACCUGAUGAAAUUACGUUUAACACAAUCAUUAACGGUUACUGUCUUGAGGGGGAGGUGGAGAAAGCAUUUCAGUUCUACAACACGAUGGUUGAGAAAUUGUUCAAGCCAGAUGUAUUUACAUGUAACAUUCUUCUUAAUGGGCUUUGUAAAGGGGGUAUGCUUGAAAAGGCUCUUAAGCUAUUCAACACAUGGAUUUCUAAAGGAAAAGACAUUGAUGUAGUUACUUACAACACGUUGAUAUCGGGUCUGUGUAAAGAAGGUAGAUUUGAAGAGGCAUUUGAUCUUCUUGCGAACAUGGAAAAAAAGAAACUAGUGCCUGACCAAUAUACAUAUAAUCCCAUUCGUAGUCGACUUAUCGAUGCUGGUAAGGUUGAGCAAGCUCAAGAGUUUUUGUCAAAAGUGAUUGAAAGUGGAAAAUUACCCGAGCAGUUCUUAGAAAUGGCCAAAGGACAAGAUGUAGUGACCCAUGAAAUUUCUGUAGAAUCUGAUUCAGUCUCUGCAGCUUAUUCAGAGCGGAUUAAUCAGCUAUGCAUUGAAGGGAAAUACAAAGAUGCCCUGCACGCCUUUGGAGAGUCAAAACAGAAAGGCAUUGUUCUAAACAAAUCUGUCUAUGCCAAACUGAUGGAUGGGCUAAUCAGAAGGCGUAAAAGCUUUAUACAUUCUCUUUCAUUAUAGUGAUAACUGGGGCUUUCUUGACAAUGUCACUAGGGGGCAUAGUUAUUGCUCGUUCUACAGAGGUUUGCAAGCUUGGCCGCAGUAAACAAUCUAGGGUGAGGGUAGUUCACAAGAACCUCCUAUGGGAAAUAUCUCAAUGAAUUGUGGCCUCCCUCUCAAUAUACAACAUACUGGUCAGACCUUGACACCUACCUUUUUUUAUCAGACAAGAAAGACUUUCAUAGGAAACCUUUGAAGAGUAACAAACAAGCAGAGAAGAAUGCUGGAGUAGUGGUUUGGACGUCUGCGAAACAAAGUGAUUCUGGUUUGGGAAGCCUUGUUUGAAUUUGAUUUAAUAGUUGUCUCAGCGGAUUCCUGGUGGGAGAAUGUUGAUUCAUUUUGCUUGGAAGCAUACCUCAAUCUAUAUAAACAAGGCUGAUUUUUAUAUUUAGAAUAGGAAGAUCUGUUUGGGAAGUAAGAAACCCCUUUGACAUCUCUUUAUCUGCAAAGAAUUCUUGAUGUGAAAACACAAAGCCAAAGGGCUGAUCUUUGAAUAGGAAGAAGAGUGGAUCAAUUUUAACUGGUAAAUUCAGGACAGCUGAAUAAUUGAGAUUCUGAGUGCGGGUGACUUUUGUUUUUUUUUUUUUUUUUUUAAUUUUUAUUACUGUAUGAAAAAUCAAGCAAUCAGUUGAAAGGGAGAACCAAGAAGCACAACAGUGAUAUUUUAUUGAUUUAACUUCAAAUUCUUUCGCAUCAGAUG